CAUUGUGUAUUCUAGUUUUGUAAUUGAUCAAAACAGUACUCCAAAGUGUACAAUAAUAUAUGCAGUGCUCAUAUACACAUCAUAAACUUCAUCGUUUUAAUAAUAACAACAAAGAAAUUUUGUACAAUACAUAUUAAAGAAUACAAGCAUUCGCAUCACAGAUUACAGUGAAGAGAACUUCUGUUCAAUAUGGGGAAUGAACAAUCUUCAGAAAGUGAGAAGAGAAAAAGGGAUGCUAAUAUACAGGCUACUUUGCAAAAGACUUUAGAAAAGCAAAGGUUAAUGUAUGAACAGAGAUGCCAGGAAAUGCUGCAAACCCAAGCACAAGCUUUGCGAAAAGAAAAUUUAGGUUCAUCAAGUGGAAAAAUAACUGCUGGAACAUCCAGAGAUGGUCAAAAUAAUUUAUAUCCAAAUCUACAACCCAGCACUUCAAUAGAACUACCAUCUCCUAUUACAAACAGUACCUCAUCAUAUCAGAGGUACAAUAUUGCUAGCCAAAAAAAUGUCCUUGCAACAAAUACAGCAACUGUAUCAUCAGAAAAUUACGUCCAAAGGGCAAUACCUUCAGCUCCACCGAUCACUUUUAAUCAACCAAUGAAAGAAAACAGUGUUCAAAACUGUAAGGGACUUGGCACCGAACUUAAUUGUCCGAAGUGCGGCAAUAAAUUUGGCUUGAAGAUAUUUCAAUGUGGCAGUGGACACAGUUCUUGUAGGGAUUGUAAAAUAACUAGCGGCAUUUGCGGCGUGUUGAACUGCGGUAAAACAAUAACCGACAUGAGAAACAGAACCCUUGAAGCAUACAUGGCUGAUUUAAUGUUAGCUGCCAAGAAAACAAUUGCGAAAGAUCCUGAGCCGAUGGUAAAUCAACAGUGUGGUCAAUCUAACUUUAAACUCAAUUGUCCCAAUUAUCAUGAUGGAUGCAGCUUACAUUUUACCUCCAAUGAAAUUGAUAAACAUUUAAAAGAAUGCCCAUACAAUGAAAUGGUUUGCCCACUUCUGGCUUUAUUUGGACGGUGCUCCUGGCGAGGUAAAUUAAACCAACUGGACAGCCACUUCGCAGACUGUCAUCCUGAACAUCGUCACGCGCAAGUUGAUAAAGAAAUGUCGAUCGUGAACUCCAGAGAUGACAACAGAAUAUUUUAUCUAGUUUUAAUCGGCACAUUUUAUUUCUUUAUUCAUUUAAAAAUUGAUUCCAACUCUAAAAUGAUUUAUUUGGCCGCUCAACUUGUUGGCACAAAGGUAAGUGCUUCAAAAUGGUGCUACGAAUUCCAUAUUUACAAUAAGGCACAGCCAAGAAGAAAAUUCCAGUAUAUCGAUGUAUGCACAUCAAACACCAUUUCGAUUGACGAUAUCUUUUUGAAAAAGCAAUGCGCUGCAAUACCAUUUACUUACAUUGACACUUUUUUUAAUCAUAAUAAUUGUUUAAAUUAUAAAUUUUACAUAAAGAAACAAAUUAAGACUAUGAAUUCGUAAGAUGAAAAACUUUAAAAGCAAAUUUUCAUAACAUUAUACAGGUUUGAUCCAAAUAAAAAAAAUGUGAUUUCUUGCUUAAAAAAACUUUUAGUAAUA